CCAGGGCCAGGUAGAGUUUAGGGAAGCCUCAGUCAGGACCCGGCUGGCGGCAACUCCUGUGAUCUGGCUGCCCAAACCCGGGGCGAGGAUCCGCAGGAAUGCUGCGUCCCAAGGCUUUGACCCAGGUGUUAAGCCAAGCCAAUACUGGAGGAGUCCAAAGCACCCUGCUGCUGAAUAACGAGGGAUCGUUGCUGGCCUACUCCGGUUACGGGGACACAGAUGCCCGGGUCACCGCAGCCAUCGCCAGUAACAUUUGGGCUGCCUAUGAUCGGAAUGGAAACCAAGCGUUUAAUGAAGACAAUCUCAAAUUCAUCCUCAUGGACUGCAUGGAAGGUCGCGUAGCCAUCACCCGAGUGGCCAACCUUCUGCUGUGCAUGUAUGCCAAGGAGACUGUGGGCUUCGGAAUGCUUAAAGCCAAGGCCCAGGCCUUGGUGCAAUACCUGGAAGAGCCCCUCACCCAAGUAGCGGCAUCAUAAUGGUAUUGAUGGAAGCUGAGGCCAGAGGAGAGAGAUGAGCAUUUGGAGGGGCAGGGUCCCUCAGAAAAAUCUUGCUGGACUGUCUGGGUUGUGGGUGAGGGAGUUUUGUUUCACCCAAAAUAAAUUUCAGCUCCUGCCUUGUGUA